UCCGUGGCCACCUUACGACGUGCACUGGGUCCUUCUUGCCAGGAAAGAUGGCGGCAUCCAUGCUGUGCAGAAGGGUAGCUGCAUUUUGUUGGACACUGAAGGAGAUUUCAUCAUUAAAAACAGUCGUUCCCGUCAGCUCGCAUUGUGGACUGCUGCAACAGAUCGCAACUUAUAAUCCGAAACCAUUAAAACUGAACCUUAACAAGCCGUACAUCCCAGACAAGGAGAGCGAGAAAACGCCGGAGUGGCAGAAGACGGCCGAGUAUGACCGCAAGCUGUACGGGCGGUACGGCUCCGCGUCGGGGGUCGACCCCGCUACGCUGUGGCCCAGCCACGACAAGCUGGAGGAGCUCAUAGCAGAGGAAAAGGAAUGGCACCCCCCACUAGAGGUCACGAUGAAGAACAUAGCCGCGAGGGAAAAGGAGGAAAAUGCGAAACGCCUCGCCAAAGAGAAACUAAUAGCAGCUAACAUGGCCAAGAUGCCCAAGAUGGUUGCUGACUGGCGGAGAGAAAAGCGGGAGGCUAAGCUGAAGUUGAAAGAGGAGAAGGCCCGCCGCACAAAGCUGCUGGCUGAGGCCCGCGAGCGUUUUGGCUAUGCAGUGGACCCCCGCAGCCCCAAGUUCUUGGAAAUGGUCGCUGAAAUUGAAAAGGAAGAGAAGAAGAAGAGGAAACUAAUGAAACGCAGACUGAAAGAGGAGCAAACAGCAACCCCUGCUGCUCCUCCUGUUGCCUCCCCAUAGUUUUGGACUGACUCAUUUUGAUUUACUGGAUAUAAAUCUAUUAGACCUGGAUCAAACAGCCCGUGUAAAUACUUUUGUGGCUUGUCUUAGCCUACUCUGGUGCCAGAUGGGUGGGGUUUGCUUCAUGAAAAAUGACACAAUUAUGGCACAGUAUCUGAAAGUCAAUUUAGUAUCCUCAUAUGUGAAUAACUUAUCUGACGCUGUCUGAGUUGUCCUGAUGCAGUGAACCCUACUCAUCUCAGUCACCAUGCACGAAAAAACAAAUAUCAUAUUAGUUGGCCACACAUGCUCUACCCAUGUCUGUUAUACGUUUGCUGGUUGUAAAGACUGUCGUCCUUCUGUUGGCUUCAGGUUUUUCUAUACAAACCAAACAGCCACUGAGCUGUCACUGGAAUAAAGGACCCUCUGUACAGAAA